AUGGACGACACAGCGAUGGAUAACUUACGUUGUAAGCAGUGUAAGUGCUACCCGAAUGGAGAUGUCUGGUACUGUGCUACCAAGGAGCAUUUUUGUUGUGCACCGUGCAAGGAAGUUAAAACACUUUGUGCGUGUGGAGCCAAGCUGGAGGAGGAGAAGGUACCUAAUCCUAUCGAGAAGCUGCUGUAUCAGGCGAUUUGUCCCUGCCGAUAUGCAUUGAACGGAUGCACCUGGAAGUUCGUGCAGUUCGAGAUGGAGGCGCAUGUAGGCGAAUGUCGGUUCCGUCCUUAUCGGUGUGUCGCAGACACAUUAAACGUUCUAAAAUGCGACUGGGAAGGCUUUCAGCAUCAGAUCGAGAAUCAUCUGACCGAGGGACACAAAGAGUUGGGACCGAUGUUUCGCUUUCGCCAGUCAACCUCACUGGUAUUCAAGGAACAAAUUUCGCUCGGUGGACUCAAGGUCGUGGAUGCUUUUAGUAAGCGAUUCCUGUUUCACUUCUUCUCGGAUGUAGCCAACAAGAAGCUUUCCUUUCUAAUGAUCUACUUCGGGCGUCGAGAGGAAGCGAGUCAGUAUUGCUACGAGUUGGAACUACGUGCAGCACCCAUUGUGGUGCAGGAUGCAUCCGAGCCAUCCGAGACGGAAAAGGUUACCUUUGCACGAGGCGUCAAGUUUUUCGAACGUUGCUGUUCCGAUUCAGAAGAUCUAGCAGCAUUGCUGCAGGAGGAUCGAUGCAUUUCACUAACCCACAGUCAAGUGCUGAACUAUCUGCACGAAGGCAAGCUGCACAUGGCGUACAAAGUGCGCAAGGUAGAUACUGCAGGACGCGAAAAGAAGCACUCGACCUCGAGUGUUCCCGCCGGAGAAGACCCUGCUGUGAACAGUGCUUCGGUACCAGCGAAGCCAAAACCGAGACCACCACCGUUUGUGUUUGCCAACAAAGGCAAAGUUGCUGAAAAUAGUAAGCGUUCGGGCUCUACCUCUAGCACUGCUUCGAGCAAGAGUACUAGCUCCGACUCGUCUUCGUCCACCAAAUCGGUGGUCAAACCGGCAUCGAGCCCAACAGCCUUACCGUCACGUUCGCCAUCAUCCGCCUCGACGGUGACAGUUACUUCGGAGCGUAAUAGCGUCGAUGCGCUGGCCACUGCUGUCAAUCGCAAUUCACUGUCGUCCAUUAACCGUGUGACCACGCCGUUAACACCGUUCGAAAAGCCGGAACAGUGUCCGCUAAUGACUCCAUCCAUCAACAAGCACGAUGUGCCUCCAACGUGGGUCAUUUCGCAGACGACAACGAGCGGAUUUGCUUACCACACCAGCACCGAGUACCAUAGACAAGUGUAUGGACACGAACCAUACCGCACCGUGCCUCAUUAUCCGAGGGGCGAAUGUACGACCACGGCUGCCGUUUGCCAGAUGUACACGCAACCGUACAAGGUGAAGGACGAUCGUCCCUACUUGAUGAAGUAUCCGAAGAAUUGUUUGUACAAACCGCAACCGAAGUGGUCUGCCGGUGGUGGAGGGAAAGGUGGUGGCUGGAGUGCGUAA